GCACGCUAUUGUGCAGCUUUGUUUCAGAAUUGCAGAUGUAGCAGUUUAAAUAGUCCAUUUUUGUUCAGAAUGUUUAUGGUUCUCAAAUUUUGGUGCAAACUUCUUUUCCUUGUGCUCAACCAAUUCUUCAAAGUUCGUGUAAACAACGGAAAUCGUAAAAAUUUGAAAACAAUCUAUUAUUUCACUUUGGAUAAAUUUGAAAUUCACAAUUUUAACGAGAGAGUGUAAAAGAUCAAAUGAAUUAUUUUUUACAGUUGAAGCGUCACUCACUUGUCAACAACAACAGAAAAUAAAACAACGCCUGACUUUUCGAGCUGUCAUUCGCAAUGUUUGAGCAUUUCGUGUUCGAUCACGCUGUCAACAGGCCCGAGCAUUGUUUUUAUAAUGUUCGACAGCAACUGAACUUGGAGAAGAAUCUCCCAUCUGUGAGAGGUGUAUGUGUGUUGUUGUGACAUUUACUCUCAUUGUGAAUUCCGAUAUUGUAUUAGGUCGCAUAGCACAGUUCUAUCUGAAACGCCUGUGCGCUUACAACCCAGACCAUCGAGGAAGACGAAAAAAGAAACUCCGUCGCACGAUUGAAAACGGGAAAAUUCGUAUUGAAUUUGGAUUUCCAGCUGCUGAAAAGUUACCAGCUUCACAUGGCAACGUGUUAAAUUUCGUGUGAAAAUGUGAAUCAAUCGACGAAACGAAAGUGGAGAAAAAAAAAAUUGCAUAAAAAACUGUUGUGCGUGCAAAGUGCGGGUGUGGAUAAAAAAAAAUGGCAACGCAAAAACCUGGCGAAUGGGCCAGUUGCAUUUUAUCGAGAUUUGAAGAGCAGCUACCAGUCCGUGUUGGGAUUCACAGCCCACAGGCGCGUCAAAAUUAUGAGCAUACUAUGACAUGUUUGAUACAAAUAUCACGAUAUAAAUUCUCAUUGAUCCUUGCUGGUCUCACAAAAGCACUUCAGCGUACAAAUGAAUCGUGGGCAAAUGGAACGAUACGCCAAAUGGAGCCAGAGCGAUGUUAUCACGAUACUUUAGUUAUAAUUUUAACAACUCUGGAACGUUGUUUAAGCAAUCAAACCAAAGAUACAUCACGGUUCGAAGAAGCAAUGAAUGUGAAAUUAUUGCUUCGUGAACUAUGCCAAUUUAUUUAUGUGAAUGAAUCAAAUUCGAACGCACAAUCGCUCAAGGCGCUCGCAUCAAAAGUCAUCUUUGCAUUGUCACAAAACCAUUUCGGUGCUGUAUUCAAUCGAAUUUUGGCUCGGCUGCAAGAGUUGAGCGCAACAUCGGAAGAAAAUCCCGACUCUGGUGACCUUGAACUCAUUCAACACAUUGACUUGGAUAUCAAUCGAUUAAUCAAACUAUUGACUGAAAUCAAUCAAAAGUUCCGCAUGGUGAAGAAGUCAGCCCAUUUGGCUCUCUCUAUUUCACUAGAGAAAGCAAUUUGGAAUUGGGUUGAAUUUCAUCCACACGAAUUUGCCGAAAUACAACGAAAUCAAAACGACGAACUGGCCAAAUGCUGUGAAAUCCUAUUCGAUAUACUGGACUCGUAUGUUGAUAACAAGAAAAUGCGCACCAUUGUUUGGCCGCUACAGAUACUAUUGUUGGUUUUAUCUCCGAAAGUGUUGGAGGAAAUUGUGAAUGCAGACAGUGGUGCUCCGUGUUCGCCGCGUCAUUUAAAGAAAAAGCACUUCAUUGACACCAUUAAAAAAGGUGUAACCGCACACGCAUCGUCCAAACAAUUAACCGAAUCGGCAGCUAUUGCGUGUGUUAAACUGUGCAAAAUUUCAACGUACAUACCGACAACAGAAUCAACAAAUGUCACAUUCUACCUGGUGCAGUGCGUCAUCAAUGACAUUAAGGCAUUAUUAUUCAAUCCAGCAAAGCCGUAUGCUCGUGGCCAAGGACCAAAUUGCUCGGAUAUUGAACUGAUGAUCGAUUGUAUGGUUGCAUGUUUUCGUAUAACACCUCACAAUGCGGAGGCACAAAAGGCUUGCCUCCUUUUGAGCGCACCACCUGCUUAUCAUUUUGUGAUUGUUAGCUCUUUGCUGAGAAUUGUGACUCAGCCUCGUCUUCCGUGGUGGCCACAAAUCGAUUUGGUGUAUGCGCGGUCCGAAGCGUUGCGAAAUUUAUUCACAGACACUUUGAACAAAGCGACUCAAGGGUACAUUGCACACACACCGCUUCGAAUGAUCACAUCACUCACGUUGAAAGCCAAAGAUGGCCAGAAUCGAUUAACUCGGCCCGAAGAUGGAAUUGCUCAUAAAACGUUGCUUUUGCUUAUGGUUCGAUUGGUUCACACAGAUCCGAUGCUACUGCUCAAUGUACGAUCGAAUAGUGAUCAACUAAACAGUGAUGUGAACUUCAUGAAGAUUGGUCACGAUGUGUCCAGUUCAACGGUUGAAUUGAUAAAUGGUCUGGUAAGUUUGGUGCAUCAGGCGACAAUGCCAGAUGUUGCUCAAGAAGCUAUGGAAGCCCUACUCGCUUUGCAUGCACCAGACAAAAUCGAAGUAUGGAAUCCAGAAGCGCCGGUCAACACAUUCUGGGAUCUCAGCUCGCAAGUGAUGUAUUCAAUUUCGCAAAAAUUGGUGCAACACCAAAUUGCCAACUACUCCGAUGUGUUGAAGUGGUUAAAAGAGAUUUUGAUUUGUCGAAACACAUUCUUGCAACGGCACAAGGAUUACGCCAACGUCGGAACUCAUGUGCAAAUUUGCUAUAAUGCGCACAACAAAUUGGUGGUGGUGCUCUUUACGUAUUUAUGGUCAGUUGAUUUGGAAGCGGUAAUAACCGCUUUGUCCUGCUUUGGAUUAUUGUGUGAAGAAGCUGACAUACGCUCCGGACCGGAUGAAUCGCCACUAAGUAUUACAGGUAAUUAUCCUUCAUAUCAGGAGCUAGCUCAAGUUGCAUCAACAGUGAAAGCAUCUAAUCCAACCAGUCGGGAGGAUUCAAAGUUUUCAUUCUACGAACAAACUCAAGGCCGUUUCUUGCUUCAGAAGAAAAUUAUGGCUUUGCUGCGAAACGUUCAGUACUGGGAUGAAGGUGUGCAAUCAGCAUGGGAAGAAACGUUCCGAAAUUGGGAAGCAACUUGCAAAAUUUUGCAAUCUUAUCCCAAAGGAAAGUCAGAAGAUGGCCAAGAAAUAUUUCAUCGUGCCAUUGGCAAACGCAGAGCUAGUCAUCAAAGUUCGGAACAUGAUCUUGAAGAGCAAAUCAAUGAAUGGGCCAAUAUGACGUGGUUCCUGCUAUCGCUCGGUGGUGUUUGCUUACAUAAAAGACGACCACCGAAGAAUAACUCACAAUCGGAAGAUUCGAUAAAACAUCAACAAUCCAUGUCAUCGUUGAAUGCAUCGCUCAGCUCAUCCGGCCGUGGAUCAAUGCAUCCAAGCACCACAUCAUUGGCCACAUUGAAUGCCAGUCCACAGGAAGUGCAAUACUGCCCAGUCACCCAAUUCAUAAGUCAAUUGCUUCGAUUACUUGUGGCCAGCAACGAGAAAUUUGGACCACAAAUUCAGAAACAUGUAAAAACUUUGGUAGGAGAGGAGAUGGCACCCGAUCUCUACCCACUAUUAUUCGAUCAAAUUCGUGGUAUUGUCGACAAAUUCUUCGACCAACAAGGUCAAGUGAGACCGGUUAUUGUUUCCGACAUCAACACUCUGUUCAUCGAGCAUAUAAUUCACAUAAUGAAAUCGAUUUUAGAAGGUCGCCAAAAUAAAGAGCAAAACGAGCAGCCAACGGUGUCCGAGCAUUUGGGCAUAACAAGUAUUGAAGGGAUGAUGUUGGGCAUUGUGCGAUAUGUGCGGCACUUGGAUAUGACUGUGCAUGCGAUUCACAUAAAAACGAAACUGUGUCAAUUGGUUGAAGUGAUGAUGAAGCGUCGUGAUGAUCUCGCCUUCCGACAGGAGAUGAAAUUCCGAAACAAACUGGUCGAAUAUCUAACCGAUUGGGUGAUGGGAACAUCACAUCAGAUUGCGCCUCCAAGCAGUGGCGAUGUUUCAAUUAUGACAAGUACAUCGUUAAUUUUCCGAGACUUAGACUCAGCUUGCAUGGAGGCCGUUGCAGCUUUAUUACGCGGUUUGCCAUUGCAACCGGAAGAGUCUGACCGCGGUGAUUUGAUGGAUGCAAAGAGUGCUCUAUUUUUGAAAUACUUUACACUUUUCAUGAAUUUACUGAACGACUGCGUUGACAUGUCUUCGGAGGCCGAUAAGGAUAUUAGCAAUACGCCAAUGCCUAUCAUUCGACCGAGAAUCACCGCCGGAAAAUUGACAGCUCUACGAAAUGCAACUAUUCAAGCCAUGUCAAAUUUGCUCAGUGCCAAUAUCGAUUCUGGCCUGAUGCAUUCGAUUGACUUGGGCUAUAACACUGAUCUACAAACCAGAGCAGCUUUUAUGGAAGUUUUAACACAGAUUUUACAACAAGGAACCGAAUUUGAUACUCUCGCCGAAACAGUGCUGGCCGAUCGUUUUGAACAACUCGUUCAAUUAGUUACAAUGAUAAGUGAUAAAGGUGAACUACCGAUUGCAAUGGCAUUGGCCAACGUUGUCACCACUGGUCAGAUGGAUGAAUUGGCUCGUGUUUUGGUCACUUUGUUCGAUGCAAAACAUCUACUUUCACCAUUGUUGUGGAACAUGUUCUAUCGAGAGGUUGAAGUGAGCGACUGCAUGCAAACCUUAUUCAGAGGCAACUCAUUAGGCAGCAAAAUUAUGGCGUAUUGCUUUAAAAUAUACGGAGCUGGUUACCUGCAGGAAUUGCUGAAACCACUUAUUAUACCACUGCUUGAUAAGCAGAUCACAUACGAAGUGGAUCCAUCGCGGUUGGCCAACAAAGACGACCUUGAGCCAAAUCGAAAGAAUUUGAUUGCGUUGACCGAAAAGGUGUUUGAUGCCAUUGUCAAUUCGGCCGAACGAUUUCCACCACAAUUAAGAUCGAUGUGCCAUUGUUUGUAUCAGGUUUUGAGCAAACGUUUUCCAAAUCUGCUGCAAAACAAUAUUGGCGCCGUUGGAACUGUAAUCUUUUUACGAUUCAUAAAUCCAGCCAUUGUAUCGGCACAGGAGCACGGAAUUGUCGAAGGGCCUGUUCCUCCUUUACUCAAACGAGGCCUGAUGCUGAUGUCCAAAAUUCUGCAAAAUAUUGCAAAUCACGUCGAAUUCUCGAAAGAGCAACACAUGCUUUGCUUCAAUGACUUUUUACGCGCACACGUUGAGGCUGGAAGAAGAUUCUUCAUUCAAAUUGCAUCCGACUGUGAGUCAUUAGACAAUGUGGCUAGCAUGAGCUUCAUUUCUGAUGCAAAUGUGUUGGCUCUACAUCGAUUGUUGUGGACUCACCAAGAGAAAAUCGGAGAUUAUCUGUCAAGUAGCAGAGAUCACAAGGCAGUCGGACGAAGACCAUUCGACAAGAUGGCCACACUGCUAGCAUACCUCGGACCACCAGAACACAAAAACGAUUCAUGCUUGCGUUGGACUUCCGUAGAUAUAGCGUCGGGUAAUUUUGAAGACAUAAUGAAUAAGCACCAAAUGCACGAGAAAGAGGAAUUCAAAGCGUUGCAGUCGAACAAUAUAUUUUAUCAGUCUGGUCAGAGUAGAAGCGGAUAUCCAGUAUUCUAUUACAUUGCACGGCGCUACAAAAUUGGCGAAACAAACGGUGAUCUGCUCAUCUAUCAUGUCAUAUUAACGCUUAAGCCAUUUUUGCAUGGUCCAUACGAAGUGUUUAUCGAUUUCACGCACACAUGUUCUGAUAACCGCUUCAGGACUGAAUUCCUGCAAAAAUGGUUCCAUGUGCUACCGAGCGUAGCCUAUAAAAAUCUGCACGCCGUUUACAUUUACAAUUGUAAUUCAUGGGUGCGAGAGUAUACGAAAUUCCAUGACCGCAUUUUGCAACCGCUCAAAGGCAACCGAAAGCUGGUAUUCGUCGAUGCAAAAACCAUAUGCGAUUGCAUUGAUCAUGAUCAGCAAAAGCUACCCGGCGCUACAUUGUCAUUGGACGAAGAUUUGAAAGUGUUUAACAAUGCACUGAAAUUGAGCCACAAAGAUACAAAGGUAGCGAUCAAAGUUGGACCGACCGCAUUGCAAAUCACGGCAACGGAAAAAACCAAAGUACUUUCACAUGGCGUAUUGCUAAACGACGUGUAUUAUGCAUCGGAAAUUGAAGAAGUGUGCCUAGUCGAUGAUAAUCAAUUCACACUGUCAAUUGCCAAUGAAAGUGGGCAGCUAAGUUUCAUUCAUAACGAUUGUGAUAACAUUGUUCAAGCCAUAAUUCACAUUAGAAAUCGAUGGGAGCUAAGCCAACCGGAUUCGGUGGUUGUUCAUCAAAAGAUACGGCCCAAGGAUGUGCCGGGAACACUAUUGAAUAUGGCACUAUUAAAUCUGGGAUCAUCGGAUCCUAAUCUGAGAACAGCUGCAUACAAUCAACUGUGUGCACUGACAGCUACAUUUGAUCUCAAAAUCGAAGGACAACUUCUCGAAACUCAAGGAUUGUGCAUUCCAUCGAAUAACACAAUUUUCAUUAAGGCAGUCAGCGAGAAAUUGGCCACAAACGAGCCGCAUUUAACGUUAGAAUUUUUAGAAGAAUGUAUUCAAGGAUUUCAACGAAGUACCAUCGAAUUAAAGCAUUUGUGCUUAGAAUACAUGACACCGUGGUUACAGAAUUUAGUCAGGUUUUGUAAGUCAAGUGAUGACACCAAAAAGUCAAAAGUGUCGCAGAUACUGGAGCGUCUAAUCAAUUUGACGAUCGAACAAAAGGAAAUGUAUCCUUCAAUUCAGGCGAAGAUUUGGGGUUCAAUCGGUCAAAUUCCUGAGCUGAUUGAUAUGGUUCUAGACAAUUUCAUACAGAAGUCAGUUGUGUCUGGAUUAGGUUCACCGCAAGUUGAAAUAAUGGCCGAUACAGCGGUGGCAUUGGCAUCGGCAAAUGUGCAGCUAGUAGCUAAGAAAGUGAUUGGACGUUUAUGUCGCGUAAUUGAUAAGACGUGCACCAAUCCAACUCAAUUUUUAGAGCAACACAUGAUGUGGGACGAUAUCGCUAUUUUGGCACGUUACCUACUCAUGUUGUCCUUCAACAAUUGUUUGGAUGUUGCCAGGCAUUUGCCGUAUCUCUUCCAUACGGUCACAUUCUUAGUGUGCUCCGGAUCGCUUUCGAUGAGAGCUUCAACCCAUGGUCUUGUCAUCAACAUCAUUCACUCACUCUGCACGUGCAGCAAACCAUCUUUCUCAGAGGAAACACAACGCGUGCUCCGUUUAGCUCUCGAUGAAUUUUCAUUGCCAAAAUUCUACUUGCUCUUCGGCAUUAGCAAAGUCAAAUCGGCCGCUGUAACUGCAUUCCGGUCGAGCUGUCGGCACCCAGGUGAACGAUGGCUGGGAAACGAACGAGUCUCACAAACAUUGCCUCCAGAUCGUGAACGUCUUGCAUUGACCUCCCUUGAAGUGAUUGCCGACGCAUUGCUUGAAAUCAUGGAAACGUGUAUGCGCGAUGUGCCAAACUGCGAUUGGCUUCAAACGUGGACAAGUCUAUCUCGAAGCUUUGCAUUCUGUCAUAAUCCGGCACUUCAACCACGUGCGCUCAUUGUUUACGGGUGUAUAAGCAAAACCGCCACCGACCAAGAUGUCAAAGAGAUUUUACGCAUUCUAGUCAAGGCACUGGAAUCAUUUAACGAUAUUGUUUUGAUUGAAGCUCUUGUCAUGUGUUUAACACGGAUUCAACCGCUGUUGCGACAGGAAUCACCGAUCCAUCGAGCACUUUUCUGGGUAGCUAUUUCCGUUCUUCAAUUAGACGACGUGACGUUGUACGCAGCCGGGUUGGCUUUACUUGAACAAAACUUGCAUACGCUUAAUUCGCAGGGUGUUUUUGAUAAGAAUAAUAUCAGCGAUGUUAUGAUGGCAACACGUGAGUCACUUGAAUGGCAUUUCAAGCAACUGGAUCAUGCGGUUGGGUUAUCGUUCAAAAGUAACUUCCAUUUUGCAUUAGUUGGACAUAUGUUGAAAGGUUUUCGACAUCCAACACCAACCACUGUGUCACGGACAUCUCGAGUGCUCACUGUGCUACUGGGAAUCGUUGCUAAACCGAUGCAACGCGACAAAUUUGAAGUCAGCUCCGAUAGUGUUGCAUAUUUAACCGCUCUCGUUGCUGUAUCGGAGGAGGUGCGCUCAAGAUGUCAUGUGAAACAUACAUUACCUAGAUGGCCAGUUGAAACCGAACCAGAUCUGAUCGCAGUUGAUUCCGAAACCAAUCAAACCGAUACGACAAUCAAAGGGAAAUCAUGGCGAAGUUUAGAUUUAACGUUACACUCUCACGGUCAUCAUAAUCAGUUAGGUCAUGUGACGGCGCAUGGUGCAAAUGUGACGGCGCAUGGUGCAUCCCAUGCAAAUCACACAAUGGGACACACCGUGCAACCAUACGCGAAUCCCAUUUAUCAGCGGCACGAUUUUCAAAAUCGUAGAUCUGCCUCCGAACCAGCACACGAACUUCAAGCCGCUAACCGGUUGGCUAGCACCGUCUCCACCGAACAACCAACAAAUAAUCCAAACAAUUCAAACGAACCGAAUCAUCAGCACGGUGAUGAUUGUAAUUAUGUCGAUUGUCUGCAAAAAAUUACAACAGCCAAAGAACGAGGUUCACGAUCUUCAGUGUCAAACGAAUCGAAUGUUUUGUUGGAUCCAGAGGUUAUUCCAGAUCUAUCAACUCAAGCAUUGGUGUUGACUGUACUCGCCACUCUUGUCAAAUACACAUCCAAUGAGAAUGAAACCAGAGUUUUGUAUCAGUACUUGGCCGAAGGUUCCGUUGUAUUUCCGCGCGUAUUUCCAGUCAUUCAUUCGCUGCUUGAUCAAAAGAUCAACAAUGUGCUAUCCAUAUCGAAUGACCAGGCUAUUUUGAAAGCGAUCCAGAGCAUUAUCCAAAAUAUGCUAGCCACAGAAGAUCCAUCACAACAACAAUUGCACUUCCUACAGAGUUGCGGAUUUGGUGGCCUGUGGCGAUUCGCUGGUCCAUUCACAAAGACAAGCUACAAUUUGAUGGGCGAGUCAUCGGAACUGUUUGUCAAUUGCCUGGAAGCAAUGGUCGAGACUUGUUUACCUAUAGAGGAUUCGACUGGAGCACACGUUGUACCAAGAACACACAAUUUGAGCUGCAGUUUGAGCAGUUUAACACUGAAUUCACCAACUGAUAAAGCCUUUUCAACGGAAUCACUUGACGGUCACGAGGGUUUUCGAGGGAGUAUGAGUUCUUUGCGACGCGGAUCAUGUGGUAAACCCCGAUCCGCCUCGGCCAAACAUCGAUUGAGCGAAAGUCCAAUGAAGUAAAUGAAACGCACACUGAAUGUCACAGAGACCAAAAUGUUUUCUUUUCUUUUUUAACUGAACCGUAUAAAAUGGGACGAAGAACGAUUUAUGAAUUAGAUGAACGAAUAUUACGAGUUGCUUAUAUUAGCUGUUCGUAUUACGAUCUAUGUAGCUUAUGUGUUGUCCACAAAAUGAAUCAAAAACUAUGAAUUAUCUAUCUCAAACUUUUAUUAUUCUAGUGUUAGGCGAAUGAGAGGAACAACGGUAAAUGUCCAAUGUACAACUAAUUAAAAUCAACUUUACAUUAUUGUAAAAUGUAUUUAUUGAAUGUGUGUCAUUUAAUCAAAUAUUUAGAUUUAUUUCUAACGAAAAAUUAUAACAAUAAAAAUUCGUAUUAAACGAAUUUAGAGAAAUUGCUGCUAAAAUUUUACCCAGAUUUAGGAUCAUUCAUCCAUUUUUUGUGUUGUAAACAACAACUUACAAUGUUCGCUGUAAUGUAGCAACUGCACGUUCUGAAUUUUUUUUUUUUUUUUCACAUUAUACUUUAAAAGAUUUUAAUCUCACUUCGUUGUAUUUGUAAGCGAAAUGAUCUAACCCAACUAAAAGAAGAACAACAACUAAUUUUUAAACACAUAUUACAAAAAUUAUUAUUAAUGAAAAUGGGAUAUAUUUUAUAUAAAUGUUGUUUAUUGCCAUUAACUCAAAACAAAAUGUAUUUUAUGGAAAGUGACAAAAGAGGCAGAUUAUUAAUAAAAUUCAUUUAUUCACACAUCUAUACAAA